CUGCGCCUUCCGGACUUUUCCUUCCUUGAAGGAACUGCUUCGGCCACGUGACUCUAUACAUCACGUUGCAGAACAUUCCCCCUUGGCCUUUCGCUAUCAUCUUAAACUGCGUUGUAGGAAGACCGAGCUUGCUUUUGACUUUAUGGAUAUGAGUUCCUGCUUUAUUCAUCAUCCUUGACCACAGAUUCCGUGAGCCCUCGACCAAUGACGAAGCCUAAUAUGCUGGAGCUCCCGGUAGGGGCUGAGCUCGUCUAUCUUGCCGAAGGGGGCGCAAACAUCAUCUAUCGCAUCCUCUUUCCCACCAAAAAUGUGAAGAGGCGAAACCAUCCAGAAAUGCCGGUGACUGUGUCUUCCAGUCUGCCAUCAGGUGUAACGGAUCAUUAUAGUAUACCCGCCAACUUCAAAGGAAAGCUGCUCCGUCUUCGGAAAGACACGAGCUCUGGAAUCUCCUAUCAAGAGAUUACACGAAACUUCGAUCAAUGCAUUCGACCUCUGUUCAAACCAGAAGAGCUCGUCGAUCAGGAACUUGUCUGUCUUCCCAGAGGUCUGGUUCAACUAUGCAAUGAACAGCUUCUAGCGGCGGAGCAAGCCGGGCAGCGUCCCAAAAGACGACAAGGCGUAUAUCUCUCUACGACAGAGCCAUUCGGCCUUCUGAUAACUGACAUGACCACAUUCGCUAGUCCUGGGACCACGUUAUCAGAGCUGAAGCCCAAGUGGCUUGCGCAAUCUCCGUCAGCCCCAUCUAAUUCUCGGCGGUGCCGGACAUGCGCACUCCGCGAAAUGAAGAAUCACAAGGCGCGCAAGAUUGGCAAAUCUGAAGAAACAUCAUUCUGUCCGCUGGACUUGGUGAAUGACAGAUUUGAGAAUGUUCUCCGAGCGGCCCGGUUCGUCAAGGGAUGCAAGGAUCAGGCCCGCCUGGCAAAGGUACUCUAUCGGAAUAGUACCCUGCAGAGACUCCUAGCUCAUCAGAAGAGCAUGUGCGAUGUGGGGCUCCAUGGUCCUCCUGUCACCUCUGUCGAGAAAUCGCUCGGGAUGACUCUCCGUGACUGUACCAUGUUCAUCAGGAUACCGAAGGAUGAGACCAGUCGGGCCGAAAUACGCCUCGGAGACCUAGAUCUCAAAACUGGGGCGGGAGGCAAGGCGAAGUACUGGCUUGACUUGGAACAUCGCCUGAAUGAUGAGGGCUGGUACGUGGGAGCGAGGAGCAGUGUAUCUGAGAAUGAGUGUGCACUACAAGGCCCACGCAAUCACUCUCAACCGUCGAUAUAA